GCGCCCCGGCGCCGCGCCCGGCCGGGAGCCGCCUGUUGAUCGCCGCGCUCUCCCGGGCCACGGCGCCGCCCUGCUCGCCGGCCCCGCUACUUCGGGGUAGACGGACUGACUGCCCGCACCGCCCGCUCCGGGAUGGGCGCACGCACGGUAUUCUGAAGUCUUAGGAAGCUGGCACAGUUCAAUGUCCGUGGCCCAUGAGAAAGGCAUAUAAGAAACCAUGGCACUCCCUUUUCAAAAAGAGCUGGAGAAAUACAAGAACAUUGAUGAAGAUGAGCUUCUUGGCAAACUCUCAGAAGAGGAACUGAAACAGUUGGAAAAUGUUCUUGAUGACCUAGAUCCUGAGAGUGCACUGCUGCCAGCUGGAUUUCGACAGAAAGACCAGACACAGAAAGCAGCCACGGGCCCGUUUGACCGCGAGCACCUCCUUAUGUACCUGGAGAAGGAGGCUUUGGAGCAGAAAGACAGAGAAGACUUUGUGCCCUUCACUGGAGAAAAGAAAGGGAGAGUCUUUAUCCCCAAAGAAAAGCCCAUAGAAACUCAUAAAGAAGAAAAGGUGACCCUGGACCCAGAACUGGAAGAAGCUUUGGCCAGCGCCUCCGACACUGAACUCUAUGACCUUGCAGCUGUUCUUGGAGUACACAAUUUGCUCAACAAUCCCAAGUUUGAUGAAGAAACAACCAACACGAAAGGCGGCAAAGGGCCUGUGAGAAAUGUGGUCAAAGGUGAAAAGGUCAAGCCAGUAUUUGAGGAACCACCCAAUCCCACAAAUGUGGAAGUAAGUCUACAGCAGAUGAAAGCCAAUGAUCCCAGCUUGCAAGAAGUCAACCUCAACAACAUUAAGAACAUUCCAAUUCCAACCCUGAAGGAAUUUGCAAAGGCUCUGGAGACCAACACUCACGUGAAAAAGUUCAGUCUGGCCGCAACCCGCAGCAAUGACCCUGUGGCAAUUGCCUUUGCAGAUAUGCUAAAAGUAAACAAGACCUUGAAAAGUCUAAACAUAGAAUCCAAUUUCAUCACUGGUGCUGGGAUCCUGGCCCUUGUAGAAGCACUGAAGGAAAAUGACACGUUGAUUGAGAUCAAGAUCGACAACCAGAGACAGCAGUUGGGAACAGCCGUGGAGAUGGAAAUUGCCCAGAUGCUGGAGGAGAAUUGCAGGAUCCUCAAGUUUGGAUAUCAGUUUACCAAGCAAGGACCACGAACAAGAGUGGCAGCUGCCAUCACAAAGAAUAAUGACCUGGUUCGUAAAAAGCGAGUUGAAGGAGACAGAAGUGCUACAUAUUUGUCUUGGAUUUUUUAACAUAUGCAACUGCUUUAUUUGUCCCUGGACACCUCUGGCGACUUGCACCAAUGGAUUUAUGCAGAUCUUAGUCGGUGACAGCAAUCAAAAAUGAUUUAACCAUUUUCAUAUUGGGUUAUCUUGCUUUCUUAUGUGAACUUUAUUUUUUAACCAUUGAAAGGAACUUAAUAUAUAAAUGUGUUUGUAACUGUGAUUAAGAUAGAGGCCUAUCUCUGUUUACAUGCAUAGCUUUGAGUUAGGCUAAAUACAACAGAAGUGUUCUCCUGACCACAUAAGAAGUUAGUAUUGCCAAUCUUUCACUGAGUGAGAAAAUGUGACCAGCUUGGCACAAAUUCUCCCUUAGUUCCAGAAAAGUCACUAAAUGCAAGUGCCCUGCUGGUUGAAGAUCAGUGGUGUCAUCCUCAUAAAAAGAAGACAGCAUUAUGAUACAUAAACACAGCUUUAGCAAAUAAGUAUGAAAUAUUUAUUCACCCACAAAUAUAGCUUUAAGCCAGACUCAUGCAUAGCAAAAUGAAUUAGCUACUUUUACUGAUUAUUCCACAUACAUUCGAUCUUUAACAUCACUCUAUGGAUAACAUUUUAUAAAACUGUUUUAAAGUUUUCCAGCCAUGAUGAGAAAUUUUUAAAUUAUAAGAGGAAAGCUUUUCAAAUAGUACAUUCUAAAUAAAACAGUAAUAAUUGCACUCCAAGGUUAUCUGUUACACACGAUUACAUUAUUUUGGCAGAUUUUAGAAGCAUUUAUUGCUUUGUCUUUAGGGCAACAAGAUCACAGGAUGAGAUAUGAACGUUCAAGAUAAUUGUGUAGAUUUUGUUCACAUGGCAUGAUCCAUCCAGACAUUUGCAAAUAUCAGGAAAAAAUGUGAAUUAUUAUUUAUCCAGAGUUUGUCAUCUCAAGGACAAAGCCUGUGAAAGUACAACUGAUGCUUGAAUCUUUUCAUCCAGCAACCAACACUGUCAUGUUAAGCUAAGGACAUUUGUGACUGCAGCCUCUGGCACCAGCUCUUUGAUAACUGUCAGUGCCUAAGGCUAGAAUUAAUGGCCCUCUGACAUUGCCUUAGGCUCCUCUCCCUCCUCUUCCCCCUCCUUUCCUUCCAGUUCAUUCUCUUUCUUCUCUGUAAUCCUGAGCCUUGUAAAGGUGGUGUCCUUCGUCUUGAUGACACCUGGAGCUAAAGGAGUUGCUGACUCAGGCAGAGGAAUUCACUAAGUAAUUGAGUGUUCCUGAGUUGCUUGAUAGCAAUAAAACAAAUAAAUGGGAAAACAACUCAUACAUUAUUCUAGUUUAUAAAACACACAGAAACUGGAGAGAAAGUCCUUUCUUUAGCCACAAAAGGCUGUUGGGUUUUUCUGUAAUAUCUUUUCGACCAACUUUUUUGACCUUUAAAUGAACUUUUUGACCAACCCAAUAAAAUUAGAUAUUUACUUGUAAGUGCCCACAUCUCUAGCUCUAAAAUCUUUUGGAAAAAGAAAAAAAAAAAGAAGAAAACAAAAUAAAAUCCUUUAAGAUGUAAGAAUAUUUUAUUAUACUUUUUGAGGGCAUAAUGGACAGAGCAUAUUGAAUUUUGGAAAUCACAAAGAUUCUUUAGUUUUCUGCUAGAUUUCCCUAUCUAUUAAAAAAAAAAGUAGUAACUACUAUUUGAUUUUUUUUUCUUUCCCUUUUAGGUGUGGUAUGUUGGAGCCAACUCAUAUAGGUUUCACCAUUAUUAAAUUAUCAAGAAUCUUGCAAACUGGUUGCUAAGCACAACCAUUAUUAAAAAUUAAAUGGCAUGCACUUACAAUUAAAUAAUUAUAUCAAAAAACAAAAGUAAUACUCAAAAAUACAUUUUGCCAUUUUUGUAUUCUUGAGAUUAUUUGCACCUAUUGUGUUUUUGGCACAAAUUUUUUUUGGCAGAAAUACUAUAUCGUGGUAUGCUAUUAUACAUCUCUCCCCAACUCGCUAGUUCUUCCCAACUAAGAAGUUCCAUACUUCUUGUUGGUAGUUUGAAAUUGAUCAUGGCAUGGAAAUUGAUAAAUGUUAUAAAUCAAGACUUUCCCCUAUCUCACCUGUCCCCAGGUUGCUGGUUCAUGCAUCUACCAUCAGCAUAGCACUGGGUAAAAUGUAUACAGUUUUUCUUCUUCUUUUUUUGUUUUUUGUAUACAUGUUUUGGUUACCAUGUUGCCAAAGGGAAGAACACUUCUGUUUCUUAGUUGUCUUUCUCCUUUCCCUUCAGAUUUGUUGCAAAUAUAUUCAAGUGCAGAGUCCCUGACAUGCCCCACUAAGUAAGGCUUUUUCCUUUCUGCUCUCAUUUACUCUCUUUCUUGUCUUCUCCCCUAAGAAAUCUUGGAUCCUACACAGAGUAUUCCCUGCAGCCCCAAGAUACUGUGGACCCGGGGCUAAAGGCAAACCCUGGCAGGAAGAAGGGAAAAGGUCAGGACUUGAUAGUGCUGUGCUGCAGUUGUUGAUAGUAUUAAAGCAAAAUAAUGGGAUAUUGUCAAAAUUUAGCAUUGUUUUUAGCUUACAAAAUAGUUAGGUCAAAUGUAUAUAGAAUCUAUUAAAUCAAAUAUUUAUUACUAA